CCUGUGCUCCAACUGAUUCAUCAAUUUGAUAGAACUGCAACUAAGCAUCGGGACUGAUUUGAAUCAUGAUGAUUCGCGCACUGGCCUGGAUUUUGCUGAGUUGUCAAGCAGCCUUGGUCGCGCUGGGCGAUCCCCUGCUCAAGGUCCCGAAGGUGUACAAUGCCUUGAUAACAACUGACCAAAACUUAGCGCCAUCGAGAGCGAUUCCAGUUAUUCAGCCAGUGAUUCACAGAACAGCGAUUGGCUACUCUCCACCGUUUUAUUAUCAGCCCGGAGCGCCGGGAUAUGGAGCCGGAUAUGUCCCCAGUUACGAACCUAAUUACGAGCCAGGGAUUUACAAUUCCGGAGGUCCCGACCAGUCGGAAUCCCCGAGUCCUGAUGUCAGCGAUACCUCGAAUCCUGACGUUGAGAGUGUCGAUGUCGAUCAGGAAAGGAGGGAAGGGGAAGGAAAAGAGGAGAACGAUUACGACGACAGAUGCAAGGAGGUUGGCAGGAAGACUAAGGGCCAAGUUCCACUGAACUUCUACCCCAAUUUCCGAUCUGUAUACUAUGACCCUUAUUUAUACGGGUUCAAUGCGUACCCGGCAUUCCCCACUCCAGGGAAUUAUUACUUGAAUUAUCAGCCUCAGGGGUUUCCCUCGCCUGGACCCCAGGGAAUGCCACCACCGCCCGGUUAUCAACCUGGGUAUUCCGGGCCGGAGAGACCACAGAAUCCGCAGUCUAAGGAUGACAAGAGGGAGGAGACUAAAGCGGAGGGAAAAUCCGAACGAAUUCCGGAUGUCCCCCCGCCCCCCGUCCCCGCGAGGAGGACAGUUAGCAAAAAUCAUUGAUGUAAUUCUGUUUGAUCAUCAGUUUUUCAGUGGAGUCAGGAGGGAAGUGAUGAAAUUACUUGUCUUAGGCCCGGUUGCACCAGCUCAGGGUAACGAAAACGUCAGAUGAGAAAAAAAGUAAAUUUGGAUGUUCGAUGAAUUAUUUUACUCGGAGACAAUCUCAAAUUUAUUCCAGGACGAAAAAUAAAAUUCAAUCCCGAGGUUAAAUCAGUGUUAAUUGAAAUGGGGCUGCAGGAUAAAUAAAAAAUUAUUCUUCGGGUGAAAUGUUGAGGAAUUAUGGGCCUUACGAUUUGAUUGACCCCGAGGAUAAAUUUUUCCCUGGGGUUUAUUUGGAUAACAGGGCUUGGUGCAAUGGGCUUUAGUCUAUAACUUUUGCCCAAUCGAGGAGAUAUCGCAGAAAUGGCUGUCAAUGAAAAAUAUUUAGACAUUUGGCCACGGGAUCAACUGUCGCGAAGGCCAGUGCGCAAUUUUAUCACUUCGCUGUCUAGUUCUUAGAAUCAGCCCCACCGUUAUAUCGCUAAAUAUUAAACACGCACGAAAAAAUUUCAUAGAAUGUAAAUGGAAAAUCUAGCGAAAUCGUUAGAAAACUUAAUUUUAUUUCUGUUAAACGUCCAACAGAUGAUAUUCAAUAGAAAAAGUCAAUAGAAUUCGAUUUUUCUGCGUAACUUAUUCUCGUCAGAUAUUUUCCAUCGAAUUUCCUAGGCGCAAACUUUCUAAAUUUUUUCGUUCUAUUUUUCUUUAAAAAAAAUGGGAAA